AUGCCGUCUUUCCUCAAGGACUUCCGCCGGCGCUCCGUUAGAAGCUUCCGCACCGAUACUUCGUCCUCGGACCCGGCGAACAACGGUUCCAACGGUUCAGGCACGUCCAUUCCUACGAGCAAGAGCUCUUCUACCCUUAGUUCCGUCUACCAGCAAACGACUCCUCCUCCGUCGCUCCCCGGCGAGAGCUCCUUCUCCAACUCUAAAGCAGUGAACGGUGGCCCUACUCCAGUCCCUCCCGUUCCCCAACUGCCUUCCAGGCCCGCAACAACUGCCACAAAGCGUAUGAGCUCAGUCGGUCUCAAUGGGUUCGCGACCCCGCCGCCGAAGAACCCGCCCACGUCGCCUUAUGCGCCGCGCGUCCUCUCCAUCGACAACCGGGCAAUGGUCUAUCAAAAGGUCUUGCUGAUAUCGGGUGUCAUUGGAGAAUCCGACUCGAAGGUAAUGGACGGUUCGAUCACCGUGAAUCACGACAAGGAUACUUUCCCAGCCACUAGCUGGCCCGUGUCGGACUCGCACUUCAAGGCUCUGGUAGUCUUGCAGCCCGGCGCCAACACCCUUCGCCUUGACUUUAGCUCGCCCAAGCUGUCCAGCAGUGGCACCUCCAUCCCUGCCCACUCCUCGUGGAUCGACAUCACCUACCUCCCCCUAAACUCCUCCCCGCCCCUCCACUUGGCUAUAAUUCUUGGCAAGGAUUCUCCCGGUACAUUUGACGCGGUGCCCGACCGUGUGCAGAAUGAGGGCAAUGGAAUGGAGACUGCAAUUCGCAAGUUCCGCAUGGCUGCCUAUCUGUGGCAGGCCUUCACCGGCGAGCAGAUGUUCCGCAACAGCUUUGGCCGCCGCUGCUGGAGAUAUGAAGAGGAAUGGCAGCCUGGUACCCUCACGUACAACGACCAAGUCACCGGCCAAUACCGCAACGAGGCGAAGAUCCACAUUAUCAGGUGCGACAAGACUGUGGAGGAGCUCCGUGAUCUAAACAUUGCCCAGCAAUAUGACAAGGCUACCGACAAGGGGAAACUGUUUGGCAUCGCCAUGGAUGCUGUCAAGGACUACUUCAGGCCGAAGGCGGGCCAAAAGCAGUACGUUUCUUGCAUGUUCCUGGACACGCACUGGGACCCUCAAGAAAAGGUUGUUCGCGGCCACGCGGCGCUUGGUGGUGGUGAUGGUGAGGUGGGCUUGGCCAUCUUUGGCUCCCAUGCCCUGCAGAGCUACCCUGCAAGUAUUGAGGAAGUCGUCCCCGCCUUCACUGACAUCACCAAGACGGAUACCAACUUUGUUGCAAACGAUUGCAAUGAGUCUGGCAGUGUUUGGGAGGCUGCGAACAUCGGAAUUGGCGCCCACCUCCAUGAGACUGGCCACUUGUUUGGCUGCCCCCAUCAGGAGUCUGGCGUUAUGCUGAGGGACUAUGUUCGCCUGAACCGGAGUUUCACCACCCGUGAGCCAUUUUCCACGCGGACCCAAUCCCCUGGCCAACGUCUCUGUACUCGCGAUGACGAGUGCGGGUGGCACCGACUUGAUUGUCUGCGGUUCCGCUUCCAUCCGUGCUUCCGCCUUCCUCAGGAUGCCCCACUACCCCCUGACGAUAGCGUCCAGGUGUGGACGGUUGAUAACGCUAACAUCCUCAUUACUGCCGAGAGUGGAAUAGCCUGGAUCGAGCUCUACCCUGAAGGUGACGACGUCUGCCACACUUGGAUCGAGUACCUGCAGAACGAUGGCAACACAAGUGGUCCGCGCUUGCUCACCGUGACAGAGGCCGACCUUCGCGCCAAGCUCCCCUCGAAUAAGCGUAAGAAGCCUCUUAAGAUUGAGGUAUUCUCUUACGGUGGUUCGAAGCAUGUGGUGGACGAUGUUAGCAAGCUCAGUGCGAAGUCCAACAAGACCAAGCUCCCUGACGGCCGGAAGGGUUUCAUUGGCUCUAAGCUUGGCUUCUCGCAGCUCGAGGGCUCUCAGCCGCAAGAGGUGCUUCUAUCAAGCUCCUACAUCACGAAGAAGCGGAUUGUGUUGAUGUCGAUCAAAGUCUACCACGGCUUUGCCGUGGAUGGUAUUGAGUUUUUCUACGACGAUGACACCAGCCAGCUGUUCGGAAAACGAGGUGGCAAGCCUGGUGGCUCCGAAUUCAAGCUCGAUACAGUGAAGGGAGAGAUCUUGAUGGGCUUCUAUCUUCGGGCUGGGUUGUGGAUCGAUGGAAUCCAGAUCUUGACCAACAGAAACAGGAAGAGCGAGAUCUACGGCAAUGCAACGGGUGGCAGCGGUCAUACCCUAAUUCCUCCGCGCGGCUACGGCAUUGCUGGUAUCUCCGGCUCCUGUGGACAGUGGCUGGAUGGCUUCUCUUUGAUCAUCACACGCUGA